AUGAGCAGAAUACUUUUAUUGGUCCUGUUUGCUCUUUACUGCUACCUAGCGGACAGUGCAGAGCUGCUUCGCUCCAAGAGAGGAACUCGCUUUUACCGAGGUGAGCCUGAGUGGAUGACCAGGAGGGCACUUUUCAUUGUUCAUGUCCAGAAGCCUUCAUCUUCCUUUGACACCUCCCUACGUUGUGUGGAUGAUACGACAUCAGCCGUCCAUAUUUAUGGGGACACUUGGCUGCGAUGGAAGGGACAGCGUGUGGAGUAUUGCCGUUGUGCGUUAAGAGGACGAGAACUUUGUCACAUUGUGCCCGUCAUCAACUGCUACAUUUCUCAUUGCUACAAUGGAGGGACGUGCAAGGAGGCCGUCUACUCUUCGGACUACAUUUGUCAGUGCCCUCCAGGUUUCAGUGGGUCCCAGUGUGAGAUCAACACCAAAGAGAAGUGCGUUGUGGGGAACGGCGACGCCUAUCGUGGCACAUGGAGUAUCAGCAAGUCGGGAGCAGAGUGCAUCAACUGGAACUCCACGGCGCUCAGGGGAAAGAAGUUCACUGCCAGGAAAGUAGACGCCAGCAGCCUUGGACUGGGCAACCAUAAUUUUUGCAGAAACCCUGACCAAGACAGUGCCCCUUGGUGUUACACUUACAAAGGCACUCAAAUCAACUGGGAAUUCUGUUCCUUGCCCAAGUGUUCAGAUGAUAAAUAUGAAGAAUGCAUGAGAGGAAUCGGUCUGACCUACCGGGGCACCGAGUCCGUCACAAAAAGUGGGAGCCGCUGUGUCCCGUGGGACUCUCCGCUCGUCACACACAAGUACAAUAACGCGUGGCGAUCUGACGCUGUCGAAGUGGGACUGGGUAGCCACAGCUACUGCAGGAAUCCUGAUGGCGAUGAAGGCCCGUGGUGUCACACCUACAAGAACCUGCAGCUGACCUGGGAACUCUGUGAUGUACCUAAAUGCACGACACGUCCACCCGCCCAGCAAGCCAACUCCCCGCUGGGGCCCCGGGGCCCCAUAACAACAAACAACAACCGAGGUACGUGCGGUCAGCGUUUGGAAAACACCCUGAGCCAACCAACUUUCCGCAUGUUCGGAGGCCGGGAGAGCGACAUCACGGAGCAGCCUUGGCAGGCCGCCAUUAACGUUUAUCAGGCUCGUCUGCGCAAACACUUCCACCGCUGCGGAGGGAUUCUGAUUGACUCCUGUUGGGUUCUGUCUGCGGCACACUGCUUCGAGGUCACGGAUAAGCCCUCAAAGUUGCAGGUCAUCCUGGGCAGGACGUUUCGCAAACAAAAUUCAAGCAGUGAGCAGAUUUUUAAAGUUGACAAGUACUGGAUCCAUGAGAAGUUUGACAAAGAGACAUUUGACAAUGACAUAGCUCUGUUGAAGCUCAAGUCAGACUUCGGCAUGUGUGCCAUCGACUCUCCAGAGGUUCUCCCCGCGUGUCUUCCCGAAGCGGGCCUUGUGCUGCCUGACUGGACCGAGUGUGAGAUCUCGGGAUACGGGAAAGACUCUGAAUUUUCUGCCCAGUAUUCCGAGCGUGUCAAGAGGGGUUUUGUUCGCCUGUGGCCAAGAGAGCGUUGUGUCCCUGAUGUGCUGUCUGGGCGUACGGUCACUGUCAACAUGCUGUGCGCUGGUGACACCAGAGGCCUGGAUGACGCCUGCAAGGGAGACUCCGGUGGUCCUCUGGUCUGCCGCACCAACGACAAAAUGACACUAAUGGGUGUCAUCAGCUGGGGCGACGGGUGCGGGCAGAGGGAUAAGCCUGGCGUUUAUACGCGUGUCACCCGUUACAUCAACUGGAUCCAAAGCAAAAUGGCCGCCAACCCGGUCUGA